CACUCUCACUCAUUUCAAAACCCUAAUUUCUGCAAUUUCUCUAUUCUCUCAACUCAAACCCUAAUUUUCUCAAAUUCAACCAAAAUGCGUGAAAUCCUUCACAUCCAGGGCGGCCAGUGCGGCAACCAGAUCGGAGCAAAGUUCUGGGAGGUAGUGUGCGCUGAACACGGCAUCGACGUCACCGGAAAGUACACAGGAGACUCUGAACUGCAGCUUGAACGUAUCAACGUCUACUACAAUGAAGCUAGCGGCGGAAGGUUUGUUCCGCGCGCCGUCCUUAUGGAUCUAGAGCCUGGGACCAUGGACAGUCUCAGAUCUGGCGCCUAUGGUCAGAUCUUCCGGCCGGACAACUUCGUGUUUGGUCAGUCUGGUGCUGGUAAUAAUUGGGCGAAAGGACACUAUACUGAAGGUGCUGAGUUGAUUGAUUCGGUUCUGGAUGUUGUUAGGAAGGAGGCUGAGAACUGUGACUGCUUACAAGGUUUUCAAGUGUGCCAUUCUCUUGGUGGUGGUACUGGGUCUGGUAUGGGAACACUUUUGAUUUCAAAGAUCAGAGAAGAGUAUCCCGAUAGAAUGAUGAUGACUUUCUCUGUAUUUCCUUCUCCCAAGGUUUCGGAUACAGUUGUUGAGCCUUACAACGCCACGUUGUCGGUUCAUCAGCUUGUUGAGAAUGCUGAUGAGUGUAUGGUUCUUGAUAAUGAAGCGUUGUAUGAUAUAUGCUUCAGGACACUCAAACUCACAACCCCAAGUUUUGGUGAUCUUAACCAUCUCAUUUCCGCAACCAUGUCUGGAGUCACAUGCUGUCUAAGGUUUCCCGGGCAGCUUAACUCUGAUCUAAGGAAGCUAGCGGUCAAUCUCAUUCCUUUCCCGCGUCUUCACUUUUUUAUGGUUGGUUUUGCACCUCUCACCUCACGCGGAUCCCAACAAUACCGUGCAUUAACCGUCCCCGAACUCACCCAACAAAUGUGGGAUGCAAAGAACAUGAUGUGUGCUGCCGACCCACGUCACGGGCGUUAUUUAACUGCAUCCGCCAUCUACCGUGGAAAGAUGAGCACCAAAGAGGUUGAUGAGCAAAUGUUAAACGUUCAAAACAAGAACUCUUCGUAUUUUGUUGAGUGGAUCCCCAACAAUGUGAAGUCGACCGUGUGUGAUAUCCCUCCUACUGGUUUGAAGAUGGCAUCAACGUUCAUUGGUAACUCAACUUCCAUUCAAGAAAUGUUCAGACGUGUCAGCGAGCAAUUUACCGCUAUGUUCAGGCGUAAGGCUUUCUUGCAUUGGUACACUGGCGAGGGUAUGGAUGAGAUGGAGUUUACGGAAGCCGAGAGCAAUAUGAACGAUUUGGUUUCCGAGUAUCAACAAUACCAAGAUGCAACUGCAGAUGAAGAGGGUGAAUACGAGGAUGAGGAAGAAGAGUAUGGUGAUGAGGCUUAAUGAAUGGUAUGUGCUUGUGGUUGUAAUCUCGACUACCAUUUAUUAAAGAUUUAGUUGCAGGUUAGCAGUUUAAAGAAAGCAAUGUUUAUUGGUUGCUAUCAGACCUAUGAAUUGUGGUUACUGUUUUGUUGAUUAAGAUUUGCUUUUGUGUAUGUUUGUUUUGCAUACAUAUCUUGUGUCGCA